AUAAAAUGAAGCAGCAAGCACAAAAUUCAAGACAACGAAGUAAACCACUUCACGGAAUGAGGUUUAUUGACUGGGCAGCCAAUAUGUUGCGAUAUGCAUCGGCUGCUUUCAUAUUCCUCAUACCCAUUCUGUUUGUUUACAUUAACAAAAUUCAAAAAGGCUACUACAUAGAUGAAAAAUUUCAUGUACCCCAGACAAUGAAGUAUUGCGCAGGAAACAUUACAGAAUGGGAUUCAAAAAUUACAACUUUUCCUGGACUAUAUAUAGUUACAGCACUUUAUUUGGGGCCUCUUGAACUUUGCACAACAAUUUUUAUGAGGUUUGUUAAUGUCAUUUUGACAUUAGGCAAUUUAGGAUUGUGUCUGACUUUAGUAUCUACAAUAUGCCAAGAAAGGAUAAAUAGAGAUCCACAAGUAAAAUAUCUCAAUGUGUACCUGUCAGCAUGGAAUAUAGCAUUUUUCCCACCACUUUUCUUUUAUUUUUGUUUCUAUUACACAGAUGUACUUUCAACGACUAUGGUACUAGCAAUGUUAUUGAGCCACGUUAAAAAAAAUUAUAAAAUGACUGCUUUAAUGGGUGCAUUUGCUAUAAUAGCCAGACAGACCAAUGUGGUAUGGCUUGCAUAUUUAGCUAUUGAAAACAGUUUAACAUUUGUAGAGGAAUAUACCAAAAGACCUGAGUUAACACGCUCUUUAAAUAUAAGCAGAAUUAUUAAGACUAUUUAUGCUAUUUUAAGCGCAAAAGCUAGAAUUGGACUUUCAGCAUUUGGUGAUUUUGUUGGUCCUCUUUGUAAAUUGAUUUUACCUCAUGUCAUUGUAUUAUUAGUUUUUUUUAUAUUUGUGAUUUACAAUGGUGGGAUAGUUGUUGGCGAUAAAAGUGCUCAUCAACCAACCAUACAUCUAGCUCAACUACUUUAUUUUUCAGUAUUUGUUUUUAUAUUUGCAUGGCCGUACAUUCUGCCACAUUUUAGAAACUUUGUACAAUUUUUGUACAAGAAUAUCUUGUUAUCCAGUAUUCUUCUGGGUUCAAUAACUUUGAUAGUACAAUUUAAUACUCUGGUGCAUCCAUAUAUUCUAGCAGAUAACAGACAUUAUUCUUUUUAUAUUUGGAAAAAUUUUAUGAACCGUGAUCCAGCUUAUAAAUUUAUACCAGUUCCAUUCUAUGCACUUUUUAUUUAUAGUAUUGUAAAAACACUAAGUAGUAUGAGACUGCUAUCACUUGUAGCCUACUUAUUGUGUACUUCAUUUGUAUUAAUACCUCAAUUGUUAUUGGAGCCAAGAUAUUUUAUUGUACCAUAUAUAAUAUUUAGACUAAAACAAAGUAAUAUUAAAAAUUGGCAAAUUGUUUGUGAAACACUAACUACUAUGUUUGUAAUUCUUGCUCAAUUUGCAUUGUUUUCAUUUAAAUCAUUUUCUUGGAGUGAUGAAGAGCAUCCUCAAAGGAUAGGAUGGUAAAUUUUGAGUAAUAGUUGAAAGACAUAAGUGAUUUUCAUAUAAAAUUUAUUACAUAUACAAUAUAUA